CUCUGUGCUGCUGGGAAAAGGUGCUGCUUGAGGGCAGGCAGGGGAGGGUGGUCAGUAGGAAUAAGUGAGCAGAGGCCCCUGUAUUGGGCAGUUAGGAGACCCAAGGAGGGUUCACAAGAUGGGUGACAGCAAAAGAAAUCCUGCGGGGGAUGAAGGGACAGGUGGAAUGUGGCGAUUAGACAGAGGACAGAGGCUCCUGGUUGGUCUCAGUGCAGGGUCAGAAGCCCGAGUGGCACCUGGGUCAGCCCUGGGCUCAAGGAUGUUGGGUUUCUGUUUUCUAGGCCACUUCUCCACCUGCCAGGAGAGUAUGGUGAAGGGCACAGCAAUUGGUACAUUGACCAUGUCCUGUGAGUAUAGCCCAGGAGGGGAAUUCUACAAGAAAUGGUUGUGUCGCGGGAAGAACUGGAGUUCCUGCAAAAUCCUUAUUAAAACCACCGGGUCAGAGCAACUGGUGAAGAAGGGCCGAGUGUCCAUCCAGGACAAUCACAGCCGACACAUGUUCACUGUGACCUUGGAGGAUCUCUGGUAUGACGACGCAGACACCUACUGGUGUGGGAUUGAGCAGACCGGCACUGACAUAGGGUUCAAAUUUUCCGUGAUUGUCGACCCAGCCCCUGAUCCAACAGACUCUCCCAAGCCUGUAGCAAGAACACCAGCCGGUCGAGCUUCCUCUCCUCCUUUUACCCAGGGCAUCAACAGCAGCCAGCCUAUUGUUCUGAUCAACCCCCACAGCAGGUCAGGGAACCUGGCCAUCAAUAGAGCAGCAGAGAAUCUUCCUGUGUGGAUCCUCCUGGUACCUCCUCUCCUUGCAACCCUGGAGUGGCUCUGCCAAGGAUAAAUGACUAUUACAUCGUUCAAGACUCUGGCCAAUGAUGGGUUUUCAAGUUCCAUACCAACCAGUAAGUAGAAAACCUCAACUAAACCAAAAAGUUUCAGAAUGUGUCCACAUGGACAAAGAUCCCUGAUGGGCCAGCUGUACAGAGGUCCACCGAUUCCACCUUCUGCUGCAUCAGUGCCUCCUGGGAAAGAAUUGUCUGAGCACAAAAGAUUGAAGGCAGCGUUGGACCAUCACCUGACCCACAUCCUAUCUGUUUGCACCAUACACUUCCUAUUAAAAUCUAUUUCCUAUGAAAUACAUUUACAUCCUAUAAAAUACAUUUCCUAUUAAAAU